ACCAUGGCAUAGCUGCGCCAUGAGCUCCCUCGCUUUCGGCUGCGCUCCUGCACCGGGCUUUGGCCUAGCCCCGCAUGCAACCAGGGCCCCAACCCCACAGGGCCGCAGCGUUUCGCCGGUGCAGCACAUCUUCCCACCAGCAGGGGCCAUUGGAAAUCCUGGAAAUCUUGGAUCCUGUGGGCUGCUGGGCCCAUGCUUGGCACCAUGGCCUGGGUCAUGUGGUACCCUUGGACCUUUGGGCAGCGGCUUGGGAUUGCCCAAUGGCAGCAAUAUGGCGGCUGGAAUCUUUCCAGCGCCCAGCUUGACGCCCUUCAGGUCCAGCAGAUCACCAACGGUGCCGAUGGCACCCUUCCGUGCUCCCAGCAACCUGAGCAGCGUCGAUGCUUCCGAGAUGUCCACCUUGUCGAGUCCUCGGAUUCCAAGGUUUGACACCCCACACCUUUCAGCAGUGCUGCCGCCGCCCAGUCGUGCUUCCACGUCGGCCAGUUCGGGACGAAGUCCCAGGGCUGAGGACUACUUGAAGCGGAUGCAGCAGGUGGGCCAGGCGCAUCAACAACAACUGCAGAUCCUAGAGAAACACUGGGAUUUGAUGCAAGACUUUGAGAAAGGCAAGUUGGAAUCCUUUAAACAGGAGCACGCAGUGCUGAAAGAGAAGCAGCUGCGCUUGUUGAAAGAGGUGGAGACUCAGCUACAGGAGCUUUCAGGCAGUCCCGCGCCCGAAAAACAACAGGAGGUGACCUUCGGCGAAGCGCCACAGCCGCAGCCGGUGCCAACCGCCACCAGGGCCCCACCGCGGAAGGUGCGUGUGGAAACGGGGCGGGCCUUGGUGCUCGGGGCUGCUGGGCUGUUGGGCCGCGAAAUCUUCAAGAACUGCAGGGGCAAAUGGGAACUGAGGGGCAUCUGCAGCAGCAGAUGUCCCAAAUCAUUGAGAGAUGGCUCAUCUUGGGCUGGUGAGGUGGUGGAUGGGCCCAUCUUGGAGGUGUUGGAAGGGCACUUGAAGGAUUUCAAACCACAGGUGGUGCUUCACCUUUGUGGCACGGAAAUCGGACAGAAAGAUGGGUUGGAUGGAGCCAACUCAGUGGGUUUUAAGACGUUCGCUGCAGACACCCGGGCAAUUGCCUCCGCCUGCGAAGCUCAUGGGGUGUGGCUCAUUCACUUGAGUUCUGAUGCAGUGUUUAAUGGCUUGGCGUCGCCAUACACGGUGAAUGCAGAGCCAACCCCAGUCACUGAUGAUGGCGUCGCAAGCCUCCAAGCUGAACAGGAAGUCUUGAGCCAUGCUCGCACUGCAGUGCUUCGAGUGCCCAGGUGUUUGUACGGCCCUGUGGAAGACCUGCAGGAAUCGCCAGUGACAGGCGUCCUGGAUCAGCUUCGAUAUGGCAGGGUGGACUUCAACAUCCAGCCGUUGUAUCCCACCUUCGUGGGCGACGUAGCAUCGCUGUUGAUGCUGCUGCUGAAACACCUGGUGGACGGUGGUGAACUGCGGGGCAUCUACCACUGGCAGGGACCGGAUCAGUUGAGUGAGCUGCAAAUUGCCAAGGUUUGGUGCGAGGCCACGGGUGAUACCCUUGCAGCAUCGCUUCGCCCCCGGCCAUCCAAGUGUCAAGCGGAUCGAGCCUUGGAUAUUUCCAGGUUGGCUCGGUCCUUUCCGUUGACGCCCACGAGCUUCAAAGAGGGCCUCCGGAAGUGCCUGGCACCAGGGGAACUGGGCGAACUGGGCGACAGAUUGGGGAGAACUGUGGCUGGAUCCUUACAUUGGGCUGCUGGCUGUAGAGCUGUUGGCGAACAAGUGGUGUAAUUCAUCAGGUGCCAAAGACACUGCAAAGAUUCACGAAAAGAGAGUCGUGUGGAGGGGUAGCAUUGGUAGCAUUUGAGUUGGCCCAACAUUCGAAAGAGGAUGGAAUGUUGGGCGUUGAGAGCUGGAUUGACGUGUUGAGUCCAGACAGCUUGCUGCUCUAAAA